AUGUCUACCAUAUAUUUGUUCUUGACUGUGCUAUCAGUUCUUGCAAUCCCAUCUUUAGCCAAAUAUGAUGGGCAAGAGUUGCACAAGAUCAAGCCACAUCCCCCGGCACCUGCACCCAAGCACAAGCCGUCUCAUGCACCCGCACCUGCACCCAAGCACAAAUGGGACGAUGAGUUAGAUUUAGACGAGGAGCUUCACUCAGCCAUGAAGUACAAGCCGACUCAUUUACCAAAACACGCACCUGCACCUGCACCCAAGUACAAAUGGGAUGACGAGUUAGAUUCAGACGAGGAGAUUCACUCAGCCAUGAAGUACAAUCCAAGUCAUUUACCAAAACACGCACCUGCACCUGCACCCAAGCACAAAUGGGACAACGAGUUAGAUUUAGAUGAGGAGCUUCACUCAUCCAUUAAGUACAAUCCAAGUCAUUUACCAAAACACGCACCUGCACCUGCACCUAAGCACAAAUGGGACGACGAGUUAGAUUUAGAUGAGGAGCUUCACUCAUCCAUUAAGUACAAUCCAAGUCAUUUACCAAAACACGCACCUGCACCUGCACCUAAGCACAAAUGGGACGACGAGUUAGAUUUAGAUGAGGAGCUUCACUCAGCCAUUAAGUACAAUCCAAGUCAUUUACCAAAACACGCACCUGCACCUGCACCCAAGCACAAGUGGGACGACGAGUUAGAUUCAGAUGAGGAGCUUCACUCAGCCAUUAAGUACAAUCCAAGUCAUUUACCAAAACACGCACCUGCACCUGCACCCAAGCACAAAUGGGACGACGAGUUAGAUUCAGAUGAGGAGCUUCACUCAGCCAUUAAGUACAAUCCAAGUCAUUUACCAAAACACGCACCUGCACCUGCACCCAAGCACAAAUGGGACGACGAGUUAGAUUCAGAUGAGGAGCUUCACUCAGCCAUUAAGUACAAUCCAAGUCAUUUACCAAAACACGCACCUGCACCUGCACCCAAGCACAAAUGGGACGACGAGUUAGAUUCAGAUGAGGAGCUUCACUCAGCCAUUAAGUACAAUCCAAGUCAUUUACCAAAACACGCACCUGCACCUGCACCCAAGCACAAAUGGGAUGACGAGUUAGAUUCAGAUGAGGAGCUUCACUCAGCCAUUAAGUACAAUCCAAGUCAUUUACCAAAACACGCACCUGCACCUGCACCCAAGCACAAAUGGGACGAUGAGUUAGAUUCAGACGAGGAGCUUCACUCAGCCAUGAAGUACAAGCCAACUCAUUUACAAAAACAUGCACCCGCACCUGCACCAAAGCACCAUACAAAAUCCCAAUUGGAUGAAGAUUUAUUCGGAUUGUUCUAG